ACAAAACUUUGAGUUGUUUAACAAAAGCAUAAGAAAGAAUGACUUCUACCUCACCAGAUAAUACUCAUCAUAUCCGAUCGACUAGUUUGCCGACCAGAUCACAUCCAAGCAUUCUUCAGGCUCAAGAGGAGAUCUCCAAAUUCAAAGCAUGGCAGGCGUCCAUAUCAUCUGUUCCUACUGCCGAUACAAUCUGCAGUGCGUUAACAAGGCUGCAAGUAUUGUACGAAUGUGUUGACAAUGUUCUCAGUUUACCUUUGACCCAACAAGCCCUCACUCAGAACCAAUAUACACAAUUGGUCAAUGAGUUGUUGGAUAAAUCCAUUAGUCUUAUGGAUAUAUGUGGCUCUACAAGAGAUUUGGUCUCACAAGUCAAAGAAAAUGCCAGAGAUGUUCAGUCGGCCAUGAGAAGGAGAAAAGGAGAGGUAUGCUUAACCACUUCGUUUAUCAAGAACCUGAAGAAAGAUGCCAAAAAAGCUAUUGCAUCUUUGAAGCAAAUUGAUGAGAAGAUUGGAAGCAUGAAACCCUUAGAUCUAGAUCAGCACCUCUUAUCAGCUAUUAAAGUAGUAAGAGAUGUUGGUGUGGUGAGAUCAUCUGUCUACAGGUCACUGUUGUUGUUCUUGACUGGAUCUGUUGCAAAGUCGAAGUCAACAAGGUGGUCACUCGUCCAGAAAAUGAUUCAGAAAGGAACAACUGAGGGAAAAGAUCAGCUUGAAGUUUCAAAUAAGGAUCUGGUGUGCCUUUUUCAAGAAAUGGAGAAUGGUUUGGAGUGCAUGUUUAGAAGUUUGAUCAAAACCAGAACUUCUCUCUUAAAUGUUCUAUCUCGUUAAUGUUAUACUUUAAUUGUAUCGCCUUUUUAAAUGUGAUCUUUUAA